UUAGAAUAUUACAAAAGAGAUCGAUAGUAUAUGUCACCUUCAAAUUUGUUAUCCAGCUGACUCUGCCCUAGUUAUGAAGCUUAUAAGUAUAUACUAUCGUAUGACAGGUCUUCACUCGUAAGGCGCAACAGUUUCUUUCACUAAAUUUUCAUAAAAUAUUUUAACUAACUGAUAAUGAAAUUGUCCGGAUUGACUUUGGAUAAUCGUGAUGACUGAAUAAAAAUGAUGAAGUGUUUAGCAUCAGAUUCUCAUGGCUACAUCAGCCUUGAGUGCCGGUCUUGUAGUUUGCAGACUGGUCGUGUGAAUCCUUCAAUGCCAGGAAUCGUUAUGGACAGAAAUACUGGAUCUACCAUUGGUACCACACCACAUGGUAGAUGGAUUGAUCAGCAACAAUACCUUGUUGAGACCUAUCGUCAAAUUCGUACUAAUCUAGGCCAGUUGGAAGCUGAAAUAGAAGCUGCUCGUUUGAGAGUGACUGACUGGACACGACUUCGACGACAUCCUAGCCGAAGCCGAAGUCUUAGUCACGCUAGUGUUUCAACUACUGCUAGUAGUUUGUUAAGCUGUAGUACAAUUGAAAGUGGUGCAACGGAUGCUUCAUUUUUGAAUGUUGCUACAGACGGUACUACUGGUUCAUCGUGUCAUUCUUCCUGUUCAUCUACAUGUGGAAUUCAACUCCCUUCAGAAAUGGCAGCCAAACUCAGUGCAGCUACACUAAUUUCAGCAUUUUUAGCAGCAAGUCAUGAUUUCAAUCAAGAGAAAAACCAAGAUUCCACUGCUGCAGAUAAACUAACUCAGCCUGUUAGAGCCCAAACACCAGAUCAGUUCUCAUCAUCCAGUAGAUCUCGUUCCAACCGAUCAGCCUCACCUUCAUCUCACUAAGAACAAUAUCACUUGCGAUGGGGUCAACAUUCUCAGGGUGUGGGUAUUCUCAAGAUUUCAAAUGAAAGUAUAUAUAAAUAUGUACACUUAUAUUGGAAAAAAUAAUCACCAUUUCACCGAGUAACUCAUUUUAAUAAAUUUCCUGUAAUGAAACUCAAACAUGAGAAUUCCAAAAGAAAAUUCCAUUCAUUCGUUUUUUUCAUACAAAGUGAUGUAGAAGAUAUUCGAGUGCAUACAUAUGAAUAUUACAUUUGUAUUUUUCAUGAAUAUUUACGUACUAUUCUUAAGUUUAUUUCUACUCUUCUUAUACAGUAUGUGUAUCGUUUUGGUCAUUGUAUUCAUGCAUUUUCUCUUCACCUUGUUGUGCAGCUGUCUUUCAUGCCUAAGUUAUACACUUCAUUACAAAGAAAUUUGAGAAUAAAUUUUUUCUAAAUGAUACGACUAAUUAUUCACUUUUCAAGAUCAUCACCGUCAUCAUUUUCAUGAUAGGAAAAUUUGUUUUUAAAUAACAUUUGCGAAAAGAGAAAGUUGGUAAAGUGGAAUUUGAACUACCGAGCAAUGAAUAGACAGUUUUCAUUAUACUGAUUGAUAGGUACUAUGGAUAAUAUUCUCUUUUCGAUUUUACUAUAUCUUAACAGUUGUGAUACGUAUAUAAAUAUAUAUAUAUAUAUGUAUUUGCCACAGGAAAUUUCGAUAGUUUCGCAAAAAAUGAAAUGUAAAAUGUCAAUGAGUAAACACUAUCCUGUUUACUAAUUUUCGUUUUUGUACUUCAAAAUUUACUCUCUCUUUUUCUGUUUUCAUCGAUUGAUUUUUGAUUGUUUUAUAUGUUAUUAUUUUCGAAGAGAGUAACGAAGUUCAAUUUUAAGCGUCAUCCAAUGCAAGUUAAUAUUAUUGUUGUUACAGGCCGAUUCUUACAUUGGUUUCUGACAAUUUUAUCUUUGAUAUAUAAACGCCAUGAUAUCAUUUGACGACUCUUUGGUAUCUCUGAAAAACUGUGUGGUCGUGAUUAUUUUUAAGUUGUAACCUGAGUAUUUUUGACUGAAUAAGAAAAGUCAUGGUUAAAGUGAAAGCAUUCGAAAUAUGUGUUUCUCUGAGCUCGUGAACAGAAUACGUGUUAAGAAGUGAAAUAACUUGACGAAGUAACACAGUUGGUACCUGCUAAAUCGUUGCAAACUUCAGCUGUACUGACUGUUAUAGAAAACUAUUGUAAAACAGGGUUAGAAGUUAUCAAACUUUAAAAUAUGUUAAGUGAAUACUCAGUCAAUAAUUUUAGUCCGUUAACUCAAAUCUGAGAACAGAAAAUACCUAAAAAGGUUGGUGGAUCUCAGAAAACUGAAGUGUAUGAACCAGAUAAGCACAAUUACAGAAAUGACUGCUUAAGUGUGUGCGAAAAUGUUUGUGAAUAGCCGAAUUAUAGCUACAACUGCAAGCUUUCUUCAUUCAUUGCCUACCACUUCAUUUCACUGCAUGAUCACAACUAUUCGG